UGUCUGUCUGUGUCUCAGAUUUUAUCGGCAGCAUGAACUCUUCAGAUAAUCAAUACUAACCAGAUCAGAUGAUUACAGAGCUGAUCGUCCUGCAAGGCAUUGUGGGUAGUGAGGGCAAUGUAGCUUAGUAGAAAUCAAAUAGAUAAACAAAUCGAUUAAUAACUGAUCGAUUAAUAACUGAUCGAUUAAUAACUGAUUGAUUGAUCAUUUCUGCAGAGGGCAACGGGGCAGAUGGGUAAUGUAGUUUGUAACUGAUGGUAUGACCUUUGACUGGAGGUAAAUAAUCCGUCUGUCUGCCUGUCUGUCUCUCCAGGAGUCUGCCUGUCUGUCUGAUUGGACCCCGGCGGUCCAGCCCCUCCCACCAUGAACCCUCUGAACCAGAUGAAGGCUGGACUGUCCAACAACCCCCACAGUGACGGUUCGUACCCCUACGACCCGUCCAGCUGGCAGCAGCCCACCAAUCAGCCCACAGGAUCGCUCUCCGUGGUUACCACCGUCUGGGGAGUGACCAAUCCCUCGGCCAGCCAGGGUCUCGGUGGAGGGGGCAUGGGGCCCGGGGGCAACCCUGGCGGGGGGCCGAUGAUGCAGGGCCCCGGGGGGCCGGGUAUGGCCGGCGGGCCCGGAGGAUACAUGGGGCAGCAGGGCUACGGAGAGCCCAGCAAAGGCUACAUGAACCAGGGCAUGUACGGCCGCACGACUGGGGGCUACGCUGGAGGACCGGGGGGAUACACGGGGAGGUGGGUGCUCCACAACACCGCCACAUUAUUGAUUAUUGAUUAUUGA